AUGAGUACAAACGAGUUGCCUUUGUCCGAUAUCAGGUUCGGUAAUUUCAGGAGGCAAAGUACGAUCGAUAGUCAGAAGGACGAUUUGUCGAUGGAAGUGAAUUGGGACACGGAUGUCAAUAAAAUGGACGAGGCGGUGUGUCAAGUGGCGGAGUCCAGGCAUCGGUCCUUCUCCGAUCCCAAUAUCCUCGACGGUACUGCCGGCAACGUACGAUGGUUAUCGGACAAGCAUUUUCUGCUGAAAAAAUACAACGACAGCCUAUUCGAGCAGACCCGCAACCAGCUACCCGUCCCCUCUUCUCUCGCUUGCUACCCGUACAGCUUCUAUCCGGAACACGCCCCGGAGGCGGGUUGUCCGGUGUGUCGCUAUCGCGGAGGCGGUCUCGCGUAUCCUUAUCCGCCACCCUCUUUCGUCGUUACCGCUCCCACCACCACUUGCAUGUCAUCGUUAGCAGAUUGCGGCCAGGCGGGGGGCGUCGGUGCCCCAGGCGUCUACGGACAGGGCAAACGCCAUCGGCACAGCAUCGCCGGACAAAUGAACUAUUCCAAGGUGUUCGGCAUCGGGAUGGCAGGACCGACCGGUUUGAAGAAAUUGAUAGGCGGCAGCGCGAAUUCGCUAUUCUCCACCGCCGUCAUUUCGGGUAGUUCCAGCGCGCCGAAUCUCAGGGAUAUGAUUUCGAACACGAGCAGCGCCACCGGUAUAGGUUGGAGUGGUCCUCCCAGCCUGAUGUCUAGCAGUGGUCCUUCGUCUCCCGGCUUCUCGGAGAGCAUUUCUAAGGGCGGCAGCAGUAGCGAGAUGUCAUCCAGUGUGAUAAGCGGCGACGGUUCUGAGGCCGAAUUUAACACGAUAGAUGCGACGGCAGAAUCGGGUUCGACAACAACAGACGUCACAGUCACCGAGGAAAUCAUAACCACUAUCACUCGCGAUAGCAUAGACCCGGAAGAAACGAUUACUACAGCGAGAUUGAAUGCGAUAUUCAUCUCGAAAGAAAACGUUACCGUAUUGGAAAAUAAUCUGUUUGAACCACCAUCGACUGCAACAUCAUUAUCACCAAUCAAUUCUAAUGUGAACGUUUAUACGAAUGUUCUAUACUCGCCGACCGCUGAGUGCAAACACGUAGAAAACACAGAGAGAUCGCAACCGUCUUCUAGCAGAUCAUAUGAUUUUGAUUUGAAAAGUUUCAUCAAGAAAUCGAACUACGACAAGGACUUUUCUAAUCCUAUCAUUAACAUCAACAACGCGAUAGGAGAUAAGUGGUGUACUAAUAAAGAGAAGUUUCUGGAGAACAAGAAUUUUUCGAAAACUGAUAACAUCGAUUUCGGGAAAAAUUUGAACAUACACAAAGAAAAGAAAGUUGAGAAGGAUAUCGAGCUGAAAAAGAUAACACCUGGAACCAUCGUUGUGAAGGAAAGUUAUAUUGACGUGCCCAAGAUCACCCGGGUGUCUAAGAGUUUCCAUGGAAAAUCUUCUACAGAUUGUCAACAUUCGGGUGAGUAA